AUGGCGAGGACACGAUCAACGAAGCCCUCGACGGCGGCUUCGGCCACAGAUUCCGACUCGACCAAGUCAAAAUCGACAAUUACCCUCGUCUCCCACACCGGCGAGGCUCCCAAAGUCUUCAUUCUGCCGUCAAAGGCCACUCCGGAUGCCCGAAUUGUUACGCUCCCGAAUCCACGAAGCUCACAGCCGUCGCGAUACCUCGCAUGUCCCGAAACCGGCAUCUAUGAAUUCACAAAAUUAGCGACGCCGAAAUCAGUGCCCCGAAGUUGGCUUAUUGAGGCUGUGCCCAACUCCAAUGGAACAAACACAAACAACCAAGGCGCAGGACCAAGCGCGCAGGUGACCAUGGCAUCAGAGCUCUUUGUAGCAACAGCUAUUGAUCCUCUCUUCCUGGUGCUGCCAGCGUUGGCCGACGCCAAGGCAUCAAAGGGGUCAAAUGAAUUCAAGCGGUUAUUUCUUUCAAGCGAUGACCACUUGGAUAAGCUACCACAGGAGAACUCACAUUUAUCCGAGAUUAUGCGCUGGGGGACAACGCGGCGACUGAUAGAAAGCCGGAUGGGUGCAGUUUGCGACACGAUUGAGGCUGGUGAUGAAGCCAUGUUUCGGCUAAAUGAGAAGAAACUCUUGGACGUUGUCUUUCAAAAGGCCAAGAGGAUGAGCGAGAGUGGCUUGCCACCGAGCAUGGAAGACAAGUUUGUGAAAAAGGUUCUUCAGGCACCGAUGAUGCAUAGAGUGGUGCGGACAGGAGAGAGUCAGCUGAGCGGUAAUAACACCGACUCGACAUCUUCUACUCCACAGACAGAGUCGGCAACAUCUCAGUCUACAGAAUCAACCACCGAGACUAGCGAUACAUCAGUAUCUCAAGCAAGUACAGCUGCAACAUCAGUCGCUGAUGAGCCGGCAGAGGAGAACUUUGCCAGUUCGUUACAAGCCUCACCAGAAGUUGUCGAGCAGCAAAGACUGAAAGUAGCGUUUGAGUUUAUCUGCUCUAGCUACGUGGCCCCUUUGUUGGCAGACAAUCUCCAAAAGUCAUUUUCUGGAACAGGAGGUCUCAAAGAUUUUUCUCUUCUCAAUGAUUACAUGGCCAGUCUCGAGAAGCUUCGGUCAGAAACCAUGGCAGUGAGAGCACAGGACUACGGACGCAAGAGAAAUCAAGAUGAAUUGGACGAUGAGGCUCGGUUGGAGAAGAAGAGGAAGAUGGAAGAGGAAAAGAAGAAGAAAGCAAGCGAAAGUCGCGGAGUCCGGGACCUCAAAAAGGUCAACACCAGCGGCAUGAAGAAGCUAAGUCACUUUUUUCAGAAGAAAUAG